CCCUUCUCCUCACCCACCACUUAUCUCUCUCACACACACUCCAACUUUCUCUCUCUACAACCCCUCAAAUCCCACUGUUUCUCCCCUACAUAAGACAAGUGUCUCAUCUUGUUUCAGAAAAACCCAGAGCUGAAAGAUCAAUUUUCACUGGUCAAACACUCCAUUGUUUCAACAUUUUUCAAAUCUUGAUAUUCUGUUCUACUUCUUCUUCUUCUUACAUAAAGAUCAUAAUCUUCUUCUUCUUCCAUUGUUUCAAUAUCUUUCAAAUCUUUAUAAAGGGUUCUUGAUCGACCGGAACAACCCAUAACAACGGUAUCAUUUUCAACUAGCAUCACUCUUCCCAAAUAUGACUAGACAAACCGGAGAGCCGUACGUUUCACUUGACAUCGAAAGUGGAAGUGAACGUGGAGAACAACAACCACCUGUUGUACAAGUCUCUCCUCCUGAUGUUCCUGUUUCGGUUGCCGGCACCGGCACCGGCACUGGUACCGGCAUUAGAAACAAAUCCAAAAUCUGGUUUGAAAAAGUAUCACGUUUUCUAAAGAAUAGGAAAACAGUUAGGAGGCCGGCUUCUCCUACCGGGCCAGGCUCGUUCGUUAUUACGGUACCAGAAUCCGGUACCGUAAGUUUGUCCACUGAACCCUCUUUCAAGUCCGCAUACAAAGAUGAAGUUAAAUCCAUCAAAAUUGCUUGGGGAGCCAUAUUAGUCGGCCUAUAUCUCCUUCGGUCGGAGAAGGGUUUUUCUACAUUGUUCUAUACGAGUGUAAUAUUGUUGCUUCUUUCGUUCUUCUCUUGGUUGGUUACGGACGAAGUCUACAAACAGGCCGACGACGAAGAUCCCAAAGAGGAUUGGUUAUGGAAAUUCGUGGCAACUUUAUGCAAGUGUACGUGCGCCACAUCUUUUUUUACGACAUUGUUCGUGAUUUUCUUGCCAUAUGAGGUGGCCGUGAUCUUUACUAUAGCGUUUGGUGUUAUUUGCGUAGCAUACACCGCAAUUGUGAUGUUUGGUGGCAAAGUAAAGGAUCAUGGUCACACAAAUUGAUUUGGUUGUUUAAUCGUGUUUUAUUUAGCAUUUAUCAUUUGAGGACUUGCAUGUUUAGUUUUGAUGUUUUUAAAGAAAACUUUGAAAUCUUCAUUAGUUGUUUUGUAACUGAAAAAAUACCCCUUUGGUUAUUAUUAU